GUGAUCAGUUCCUAAACGUGAUCAACUAUAUUAACUCUGUUGAGCUUUCGCUUAACACAUAGGAUCUUCAUUCCAGUGACAAGUUUUGAUUAUCUCAAUAUCAUUUUUUUUUGCAUUGUGUUGAAGAAAAUUUCUUCAAAUCGGAAUAAUUCCAAGGAAUUUAAUUGAUUUUGUCUUCGGCAAAAGGACUAGGACACCGAAAUUUUUGUAAUGCCAACGCCAGUUCAAAUAUCGGAUACGGAACAUCCGAAUGCGAAUGUGCAAGUGUUGAAAGUGGAACGGCCAUACUAUGAACAACACCAGUUUAACAAUGCAUUAUAUUAUGAUAACUCAAAAGAUAAGAAACAAGUUUGUUCGAAUCCGUUGGCGAAGUUCCACCCGUUGAACAUGAUGUUGAGUAUGUUUCCGAUUCUAUCGUGGCUGCCAAAAUAUGAUUUGAAACGGGAUCUUAUCUCUGACAUGAUCGCUGGAUUCACCGUGGGUGUGAUGCAUAUUCCACAAGGAAUGGGCUACGCUUUGCUCGGCUCAGUACCGCCGAUCAUUGGGAUUUAUACAGCAUUUUUCCCAGUUUUGGUUUAUUUCAUUUUUGGUACAUCAAAACAUGCAUCGUUGGGUACUUUUUCAGUCAUCUCCAUCAUGGUUGGCAAAGUCGUUUUGAGAUAUACUGGUAUAUAUGAACCAAUGCAUGUAGUUUCCAGCUUGUGUAUAGUUAUGGGCUGUUUCCACAUAAUAAUGUACGGUAUACGAUUUGGUGUUUUGUCGUCAUUGCUUUCGGAUGCGUUAGUAUCGGGCUUUACCACUGGAGCCGCAAUCGGAGUGUUGACAUCACAAGUUAAGGACUUGUUUGGAAUCAAAUUGACUCAAGUCCUUGGAAAAUAUGAAAUUGUUUUGAAUUGGUACGAGUUGCUCGGCAAAUUACCUUCGACAAAUUUAGUGACUUUUGGUAUAUCAGUACUCACGAUAACCGUUUUAGUUUUGAAUAAUGAAUUACUGAAGCCAAGAUUGAGUAAAUUGUGCCUUGUGCCGAUGCCAAUUCAAUUGAUAGCAGCUGUUGGUGGAACAUUGGCGUCUGGAUAUUUUGACUUGGCUAAAAAUUACAAUGUCACGGUUGUCGGUCAUAUCCCGACCGGAAUCCCAGCAUUUCAACCGCCGGAUUUGGAUCUGUCAAGGCAUUUAAUCGUCGAUGGUUUAAUCAUUGCUAUCGUUUCAUACACGAUCACCGUUUCGAUCGCGGUCACUUUUGCAAAAAGCAAUAAUUACGAAAUCGAUUUCAAUCAAGAGCUAUUGGCAUUGGGUGCAUCGAAUAUAUGCGGUACAUUUUUCUCGUGUCUUCCAUUGUCCGCCUCUUUAUCGCGGUCACAAGUUCAAGUCCUGACUGGAGGGCGUACACAGCUCACAUCGAUCGUUUCAUGUUCGAUAUUGAUUUGUGUUCUACUUUGGAUUGGUCCGUUUUUCGAAAUUCUCCCAAAGUGUAUUUUAGCCAGUAUUAUAGUGGUUGCGUUGAAAGGGUUGCUGGUGCAAGUCAAGGAUUUCUUUAGAUUUUGGAAUAUUUCACGUUUGGAUGCGAUCAUUUGGCUGGCAACAUUUUUGGCUGUGGUCAUUGUUUCAAUUGAUGUGGGUCUUUUGGUUGGCAUUGUUCUAAGUGUGGCCAGUAUUUCCAUUCGUAGCUUGAAACCAUAUACCUGCCUACUUGGUCAUGUUCCAAAUACGGAUUUAUACUUGGAUAUCAAACGAUAUAAAGCCGCUCAAGAAAUUGAAUCGAUUAAAAUAUGCCAUUAUUGUGGUAGUUUGAAUUUUGCAUCACGAUCGAAUUUCAAGUCGGAACUAUGCUCAUUGAUUGGAAUAGAUGCUAUUGAGCUAACGCGUUCAAAACCAUCGCAGCCGAUUGACACAAAUUGCAUCAUCAUCGAUUUCUCCGCUUUGAGCUACAUUGAUCCAUCGGGAGUUUUAUCUCUGCAACAAUUAAUCAACGAUUUCAAUAGAUUAUCCAUAAAAGUUUACAUCGCGGGCGCAUCAUGUCCUGUUUAUGAAAUGAUGAAACGAUGUGACUUGAACGAGAAACCAGACGGUUCUUUCAACUUCUUCCCAACUAUUCAUGAUGCUGUGCAUCAUGCGAAGGAGAAGUUGGUGUUGAUUCCAGUUAUUACAGAAAUACCGUCAAAACUCACUGCGGACAUUGGCAUCAAUAUUAUACCACCAUCUGAUGUAUACAGAUCGAUAACACAUUUUUGAAAUAAUUGGUCUCUUUUCCUUUGCCAUCGAUUGAAAUGCUUAGUUCUUAGAUUACACGGAUAAGCUUUAAAAUACUGUUAACUUAUAGAACAAUUGAAUUAUAAUGUAAAAUUAUUAUUUUGCUAUUAUUUGAU